AUGCGGGAAUACAAGCUGGUUGUGCUUGGCAGUGGUGGGGUUGGGAAGAGUGCCCUUACUGUUCAGUUUGUGCAAGGGAUUUUUGCUGAAAAGUAUGAUCCAACUAUCGAAGACAGCUAUCGGAAGCAGGUUGAAAUUGAUUCCCAACAAUGCAUGCUAGAGAUUCUCGAUACAGCUGGAACUGAGCAAUUCACAGCAAUGAGGGAUCUUUACAUGAAAAAUGGUCAGGGGUUUCUGUUAGUUUACUCCAUCACAUCACAGGCUACAUUCACUGAUCUCAACGAUCUGAGAAAACAAAUCCUUCGUGUCAAAGAUGUUGACGAGUUUCCACUAGUUCUGGUUGGAAAUAAAUGUGAUUUGGAAGAUGAAAGAAGUGUGGGUACCGAACAGGGAAGAAACUUGGCAAAUGAGUGGAAGUGUCAUUUCGCAGAGACUAGUGCCAAGACUAAAUCUAAUGUAAAUGAGAUAUUUCACGAUCUUGUUCGUCAAAUUAAUGCGAAGACACCCAAUCCUGCAUCGAAGUUGUCGAAGAAAUCAAAAUGCUGUUGUCUGUGA